AUGAAUGCCCUCAAUUUCACCAGUUUUAAUUUCAGUGAUGAGGCACAUGCUUCCCCACUAGUCUCCAAAUUCGACGUACUAGUCGGGACGGAAGAGCCGCUGUACAAGGAGUAUAAACCGGCGGUCCGGGACCUCAUUCCGUUGCCAAAGGCAGUGGUGUACCUGCUGAUUGCAGCACUGGUAGUGGUAGGAGUCGCCUAUGCUAUUGUUGGACAUCUGAUCAAGGACCUGGCCCUUGAUAUAACAGGUAGGAAUUUAAAAUGUUUUAAAAUCAGGUGGAAAUUUAACUAAUCUAUGUAGUUGUUAGGCUGUUCCAUCGCAAUGUAUAAGUGUACCAGAUAACUUGUGACAAAUAGGCUUAGGCCUAGGUUUUCUUUGCAAAAUGGCAACAUGACUAGCUAACACAUUAGAGAUGAUCAGGGGCACCAGUCAUGAAGCAAAAGUGCUUAUCUCUCCUGUGUCCCCUCUGUUUAACCCCUUUCAUCAGAAUGUCUUCUUGGCCCUACUGAGGAGGACCUAGAGAAGAACAGAAACCCGCAGUGCUUCAUUCCCAGACACCCUCCCAUAGUCCUGACCCACAAUGCCUUCCACGUGUGGGACACAGAUGAUGUGGGCUUCCCCAUGCCCCUGGAUGAGAGCCCACCGGGCAGCCCUUUGCUGUUUCCUUUAAUCCCCUACAUCCCCUUCUUCCCCACCCAUGGCACUGGCAACAACAACAGCCCUGCUGCCCUGGCCAUAGACAGCAACCCCGGGCCUGGGCACUCUAACUCCCUCCCCAGGGAGAUCUGA